AUGCCUUUAUAUUAUGAUAAUCAAGUUGUCAUCUUUAUUAUUAAAAAUCCUACAUUUCAUAAGCGGAUGAAACACAUUGAGAUUGACUAUUAUUACAUCCAGGAUAAAAUAAUGUCAGGUGUUAUCUCUACUCCACACAUUGUCUCAUCUCAUCAGCUUGCAAACAUCUUUAUCAAAAGUUUUGUGAAAAUCUCUUAUGAGGUAAUGUGCACCAAGUUAGGCAUGUUUAACUUGUAUGUUGUAACUUGA